AUGUAUGCAAAUUGUGGGUUUUUGAGUGAAGCAAGAAGACUGUUUGAUGAAGACUUGGAAUGUGACACUGUUGCAUGGAAUUCUAUGAUAAUGGGCCAUUCCAAAUGGGGUGAAGUCAGUGAAUCUAAAAGGCUGUUUGAUAAGAUUCCUUUGAGGAACUCAGUUUCUUGGAACUCUAUGAUUAGUGGGUUUGUUAGGAAUGGGAAGUAUACAGAGGCAUUGGAUCUUUUUAGUGAAAUGCAGAAGAAGAGGGUUAAGCCUAGUGAGUUUACAAUGGUGAGCCUGUUGAAUGCUUCAGCUCAGUUAGGAGCAAUUGGACAAGGGGAGUGGAUUCAUGAAUAUAUAAAGAAAAAUGGUGUUGAAAUGAAUGCCAUUGUUAUCACAGCAAUUAUAAACAUGUACUGCAAGUGUGGAAGCAUUGAAGAAGCUAUUCGUGUGUUUGAGGCAAACCCCAGAAAAGGGUUGUCCUGUUGGAACUCCACCAUCAUGGGGCUAGCCAUUAAUGGUUGUGAGGAAGAAGCAAUUGAGCUAUUCUCAAGGCUUAAAUCUUCGAAUUUUAUACCGAAUCGUGUCAGUUUUCUUGGUGUCCUAACCGCGUGCAACCACUCGGGAAUGGUGGAUAAAGCAAGGGAUUAUUUCUCAAUAAUGAGUGGGACAUAUAAGAUUGAACCUUCAAUAAAACACUACAGUUGCAUGGUUGAUGUGUUAGGCCGAGCUGGACUUCUUGAAGAAGCAGAGGAGCUUAUACAUAGUAUGCCAAUGAAAGCAGAUGCCAUAAUUUGGGGGUCUUUGCUCUCAUCUUGUAGGAAGCAUAGAAACGUUGAAAUGGCUAAAAGGGCAGCAAAUCGUGUGAUUGAAUUGGAUCCAAGUGACAGCUGCGGUUAUGUGCUUAUGUCAAAUGUUUAUGCUGCCUCUAGUCAAUUUCAGGAAGCAAUGAAGGAAAGGCUUUCCAUGAAGCAGCAGAAGAUAGAGAAAGAACCGGGAUGUAGUUUGAUCGAAGUGGAUGGGGAGGUUCAUGAGUUUAUAGCUGGUGGAAGGCUCCAUCACAAAGCCCCAGAGAUUUAUUCUUUGUUGAAUGAGUUGGGAUUCAUGUUACCAGAAAUGGCAUAGGUUAUGAUAAUUUUGUUUCCAAUGACCCAUGAUAUAUAUCCCUGCACAAACUUUAGUUCUUUCUCUUUUCUGUUUUGUUGGUGGUCUUUCAAAAACUUAUAGGUCAUUUACAUACCAACCCUUUUCAGUGGGAAAGCAUGCAAGUGAUUUUCUGUGGUUUU